GCUCCGUAUCUUGCUUCUAUCUCUCAUCUCAUUAUCCAGUGUCUCCUCCGUAACGCCCUCUUUGUAACUCGUUUGCUUCGCCCGGCAGAGUCAGACUCAAAUAACUGCUUUAACUUUACGUCUUACGUCUCCUUUUCUCUCACGACAACUCCGCCGCCUUACCGUUUACUCCAUAGACAUACACAAACACCCACAUCUUUCGCCCAUCAUGAACCCAGAAUACGAUUAUCUCUUCAAGCUUCUCCUUAUCGGAGACUCUGGUGUUGGAAAGUCUUGUCUCUUGCUCCGUUUUGCAGAUGAUACAUACACUGAAAGCUACAUCUCCACGAUCGGAGUCGACUUCGUACAAAAUUCGCACUAUUGAAUUAGAUGGAAAGACCGUCAAGUUGCAAAUCUGGGACACUGCCGGCCAGGAACGAUUCCGAACAAUCACAUCUUCUUACUACCGAGGAGCACACGGUAUCUGCGUCGUCUACGAUGUGACCGAUAUGGACUCUUUCAACAACGUCAAGCAGUGGUUGCAGGAGAUUGAUCGUUAUGCUACUGAGGGAGUCAACAAGCUUUUGGUCGGCAACAAGAGUGAUAUGGAGGACAAGAAGGUUGUCGAAUACACUGUGGCUAAGGAAUUCGCAGACAGCUUGGGAAUCCCAUUCUUGGAAACAUCCGCUAAGAGCGCAUCCAACGUCGAGCAAGCAUUCUUGACCAUGGCACGACAGAUUAAGGAGCGCAUGGGUACUGCUACCGUCAACAACAAGCCCACCGUCCAGGUCGGCCAGGGUCAAGGCGUUCAAUCUGGCUCCGCGGGCGGUUGCUGUUAAUUGGGAUCUUGAUUCUCUCCUGGGACGAUUAUAUCUGGCAGUUAUACUUCCAGAGGUGAUUGCAUUGUGAAUGUUUGUGCGACGGUAUCGAGGACUUGUCUUUCUGGCCGCUGGGAACGGAAGAACAUAUCUGCAUCUAUUUCAUCAUAUUUAUAGACCAUGAUCGACUGUCUCCGUAUUGUGCCUGGUGGCCUCAAAUCACAUUUCUUGACAUGAUGUCAGCUCCUAUUAUGACUUCUUGACAGGCUAUGUCGAGAUCAUGUCGUGCUUCGCAAUUAUUCUCAACCGAAACACCUCUCGACGUCCAUCAUCAAUCGUUCUACCCUUUGCUUAGUCAGUUACGUAUCAUGUCUCUCGUCUUCAGGCCACUACUUGUCUACCAUCGGUUCGUUUUCUUUGUUUUUCUCCUUCCUCUCACCUUUUCUUUUUCUUGAUCUUUGUAAUGUGAGAUUGUUUGUGUAGGUUGAGAUUGUUACUCUUGUCUUUUCUUCCAAUAAGAAAUAAUGAUUUGCAAGAACACUGAAUUUAGAGUAUAUAUUACGUGACUUUC